GGCACUAUCAGGUUUUGAAGGGUCCUUCACAGACAAAGCCACCUACGACUGGAGCUCGGAGGAGGAGGAGCCUGAUGGAAGUGCGCGGCCCAUCCAGGUGCUGGUUGUCAAGGACGACCACACCUUCGAGCUGGACGAGGCGGCGCUGAGCCGGAUCCUAUUGGCCGAAGAGGUCCAGAACAGGGAAGUAGUGGCCAUAUCUGUGGCUGGGGCGUUCCGCAAGGGCAAGUCAUUCCUCAUGGACUUCAUGCUGCGUUACAUGUACAGCCAGGCAUCUGAAGAGUGGCUGGGGGAGGCAGAGGAGCCUCUGACUGGGUUCUCCUGGAGGGGUGGAUCUGAGAGGGAGACCACCGGCAUUCAGAUCUGGAGCGAAGUCUUUCUGGUGGACAAGCCAGAUGGACGCAAGGUGGCUGUUCUACUGAUGGACACACAGGGAACGUUCGACAGCCAGUCGACGUUGAGGGAUUCGGCCACCGUGUUCGCACUCAGCACCAUGAUCAGCUCCAUGCAGGUAUACAACAUCUCCCAGAAUGUCCAGGAGGAUGAUCUUCAACACUUGCAGCUCUUCACUGAGUAUGGUAGACUGGCCAUGGAGGAGACAUUCCUCAAGCCAUUCCAGUCCAUGAUAUUCCUGGUCCGGGAUUGGAGUUUCCCUUACGAGUUUGCCUACGGACAGGAAGGAGGCAUGAAGUUCUUGGAGAAGAGGCUCAGGUCAGAGAUCUCUGAGAAUCAGCAUGAGGAGCUGCAGAACGUUCGUAAACACAUCCACUCCUGCUUCACCAACAUCUCCUGCUUCCUGAUGCCCCACCCCGGACUCAAAGUGGCCACCAACCCUAACUUCGACGGCAGACUCAAAGAGAUCGACCGUGAGUUCAUCAACAACCUGCAGGUGCUGGUCCCGUGGCUGCUGAGUCCCAGAAACCUGGAUGUCAAGGAGAUCAACGGCAGCAACAUCACCUGCAGAGGCCUGCUGGAGUACUUCAAGGCAUACAUCAAAAUCUACCAGGGUGAGGAGCUGCCACACCCUAAGUCCAUGCUGCAG